AUGUGGCGACUCAAUGGUUGGCAGUCAACAACUGUGCGAUUCACCCGAAACUUUCUGCCCCGCACAGCAAAACUUUGGAAUGAUCUUCCGGCGGCGGUAUUCCCGAACCGAUACGACCUUCAAACCUUCAAGAAACGAGCGUUUUCCUUCUUAAAAGGCCGGCAACGCACCUUAACUGCCGCCCUGCAAGAACCCUACCCAGGAUGGAUAGACAACGUUUAUGGAGUAACGGGCAUAAUUAUGGAGAUAUCUCGUGGAACAUACCGCUCAGGGUACUGUCGAGAGCGGUAUGUGGUGGACCUGGUACCAGUCGACAUGGUCGUCAACUCCUGCAUCCUGGCUGCUUGGAGACAAGGAGUUAAGCAGCCUGGUCGCUGUCCUGUAUACAAUGUGACCUCAGGCUCCAUCAACCCUCUCCAAUGGGGUCAGUUCACCAAGCUUUGCGUCAAAUGGGCUCUGGAAAACCCCACCAAAAUGAUGAAGCUGGCUCGUCGUUUUAAAAUGGCGGCUGCAACUGGAGAGUACUUUGCCAACCACGAAUGGCAGUUUGGCAUAGCUGAGCUGACAGCUUUGCAUGACGAUGCCAGUUACGCUAGAGACUCUGGCGCCUUUCCUCAUUGGCCGGCUGAUUUUGACUGGAAUUCUUACAUCGGAGCCUAUAUGUUUGGCAUAAGGAGAUAUAUUCUUAAGGACACUGCUGAAUCUCUGCCAGUAGCGAGGACAAAAUUGCGGCGGUAA